AUGAAGUCAAGCGGGGGUGCUGCAUCCGAUCUGGAGGAGCUGGAGAGUGGCAGCAGCGAGAGCAGUUCGGGCCGCUCCCUGCCCGGCACUGGGGCCCAAAGCAAAUGCAAACGCAAGAGCCCUCGGCCGAGUGGUCGCAACAAGCAGAGGCAGGCAGCCAAUGCUCGGGAAAGGGACCGAACCCACAGCGUCAACUCCGCUUUCAGCGCCCUCCGCACACUCAUCCCGACCGAGCCUGCAGACCGUAAGCUGUCUAAGAUCGAGACCCUGCGCCUGGCCUCCAGCUACAUCUCGCACCUGGCGAAUAUGCUGCUCCUACAGCAGCAGCAGCAGCAGCAGCAGCAGCAGCCACCUGGUGGGAACUUAGCUGAGGAGACCUUGCUUGUGAGGCAGCCCUGCUUGCACUAUCAGCCUCUCCUGCAAGGCAGCCCUGCCACGGGGAGCCCAAGAUCCAUCUGCACCUUCUGUCUGAGCAACCAGAGGAAACUGCACAGAGAACGGGACAAACACCUGUCACUCUAAAAAAUUAUAUGGAUGUUGAUUCAGAUGAGCUGCUUGUGUAAAUGCUGGACCGGAUACAGAACAGCUCUAGCAGACCGGUUCCAAGGGCUUUUUUUACAAAUGAAAUUGAACACGGUGAGGAAAGUUGCACCUGGUGCGGCAGCUAUUUUUGUGCAAGAAAUGCUAACCCUAAGCAGCCAAGCUGUGAUACUGAUGCCUCCCAAACUGAUGUCACAUGAUGGAACUUGAGCUUCCCAACAUCCAGCAUCUCCUUAUCGUGGAGAUGUCAGCGCAUCAGAGCUCCUAACCAUAACUGAACACACCAAAGAAUGGCAUGUUUCUCUUUUUUCAAAGGCUGCCUGGCUCCUGCCAGCAAACCCAAAGGUUUCCACUGAGAUGGAAGGUCUGUACCCAAAUAAUAGCAAGAAUGUACAUGAGGUCUCAGUUUAUCUAAUCUCAAUACGAAAAUGAUGCUCCCUUAAGUCACUCCUCUGAUCCUAGGAAACAAUUAGUUCCUGCUUAAGCAUAUGGUCCUGUUCUAUCUAGCUAAGUAGUCCAAACACCUCUAGAAAGCAUCAAAUUGGGAAAGGCUGCCCUAGCCAGUCACUGUGUUAAAACAUGGGGUUUUCCAGUGCCA